AGAAAAAAACAUUGUUUAACCAGGCAGAGGAAGCUGCGUGCUCCGCUCCUCACUGGACCUGCCGCAGGGACGCACACGUUCAACUCCAUAACGAGGAUUAUUGCUUGCUUUAAACAUGAAGAUGUAGGGGGGUUUAUCAGCGGAGAAGAAAGAAGCUGGAACUCCGACGCUGACUGAAAGGUACAAGUGAGUGUGUAACAAGAAGAAGAAGAAGAAAAAUACGAACCCACUGGAGCAGCUGAAGAUAUGAGGCUAAAGAGGUUUUGAAAACAACCCAGCGAGUGCCAAGCCAUCCUGUGUGAAAACCCCGGACCUUCCUGUACAGUCUGGGCCCCGGCUCUCUGGCCAGGUCAAAGAUCAGUCCCACCCUGCCCCUCCCUGCCCCACUUCCCUCAUCAGAGCCAAGAUGGCCACCAGUGGAGCCCCUCGUCUCUCCUUGCCUCUUCUGCUGCCUGUGACCACUCUGCUGCUAUCACUGCUGCUCACUGGCUCCCACGCCUUAUCACCACGUUUCACUAAAGUUCCAGUCGACCAGAUUGGCGUUUCGGGAGGUGUGGUCUCGUUUGUCUGCCAGGCGACUGGGGAUCCCAAACCAAGAGUCAGUUGGAACAAGAAAGGGAAGAAGGUGAACUCCCAGCGCAUAGAGACCAUUGAGUUUGAUGAGGGUGCUGGCGCUGUGCUCAGAAUCCAGCCUCUUCGGACACCACGAGACGAAAACAUCUACGAAUGCGUGGCCGAGAACAUCGAGGGGGAGGUUACCGUCAAUGCCAAGCUGUCCAUCAUUCGGGAGGACCAACUCCCACCAGGCUUCCCAAACAUUGACAUGGGCCCUCAACUCAAAGUGGUGGAGCGUACUCGAACAGCCACUAUGCUCUGUGCCGCCAGUGGCAACCCUGACCCAGAAAUCACCUGGUACAAAGACUUCUUGCCCAUUGACCCCAGUGCAAGUAAUGGGCGAAUCAAACAGCUACGCUCAGGUGCCUUGCAGAUCGAGAACAGCGAGGAGACAGACCAGGGGAAGUACGAGUGCGUGGCGUCUAAUGUGGAAGGCGUGCGCUACUCGUCCCCUGCUAAUCUUUAUGUGCGAGAGCUUCGAGAAGUCCGGCGGGUGCCUCCUCGCUUCUCCAUUCCACCAACGAGUCAGGAAAUUAUGCCCGGUGGCAGUGUGAACAUAACGUGUGUGGCGGUGGGAUCGCCCAUGCCUUAUGUCAAGUGGAUGCUGAACUCAGAGGACUUGACACCAGAGGAUGGGAUGCCAGUGGGCAGGAAUGUUCUUGAACUGAGCAGCGUUCGUGAGUCGGCCAACUACACCUGUGUGGCCAUGAGCAGCCUUGGCAUCAUUGAAGCUGUGGCGCAAAUCACUGUCAAAUCUCUUCCCAAGCCUCCAGGUACCCCUGUGGUUACUGAAACUACUGCCACUAGUGUGACCAUUACCUGGGACUCUGGAAACCCUGAUCCAGUCACAUACUAUAUCAUCCAGUAUCGAGCCAAGUCACCAGACAGCAAAUAUGAGACAGUGGAUGACAUUACCACCACGCGUUACAGCAUUGGUGGCCUCUACCCCAACACAGAGUAUGAAAUCCGUGUUUCAGCUGUUAACACAAUUGGUCAGGGUCCACCCAGCGAACCAGUAGAAACUCGGACUGGUGAACAAGCCCCUGCUAGUCCACCGAGAAACAUUAAAGCUCAAAUCCUUCCCCAAAACACCAUGUUGGUGCAAUGGGAAGAGCCGGAAGAGCCCAAUGGGCAAAUCAAGGGCUAUCGUGUUUAUUACACCAUGGACGCCUCACAGCCCAUGAGCAACUGGCAGAUUCAUAAUGUUCAGGACAGCAUCAUUACCACUAUCCAAAGUCUAGUUCCUCAAGAGACCUACACAAUCAGAGUUCUCGCAUUCACCUCUGUAGGUGAUGGACCUUUCUCAGAACCCAUCCAUGUUAAAGUACUACAAGGAGUUCCAGGUCAACCAUCUAAAUUCCAGGUUGGUGCUGUGUCAGACACCAGCAUUGAGUUGACUUGGGAACCAGCUUAUGAGAAGGAAGGCAUCAUAAGUUAUGAGCUUCAUUACACGGAUGGGAGUUAUGGCUCCCCGAUGAAGAAAACAUUCGGACCCACAAAUUCGUAUGUUGUGGAGGGUCUCCGCCCCAACACAGAGUACCGCUUCUCCUUGGCAGCCAACUCUAACAAAGGCAUCGGAGCCUUCACAAAUGACAUUUCGCACAAGACCUUGCAAGCCAAGCCCUCAGCUCCCCCUCAAGACAUUAAGUGCAGCAGCACCAGCUCCACCACCCUAUUGGUAAGUUGGCACCCCCCGCCUUUGAAGAGUCAGAAUGGUGACCUGGUGGGGUAUAGGGUGCGCUACCAGGUGGUGGGCUUGUCAGAAGGGGCCGGUGAUGAUGUGGAAGCCACGGAAGAGCCAAUGGUGCCUGCAACAGAAGAGCAGGUGUUACUGCAGCGCCUGGAGAAAUGGACCCAAUAUCUCAUCACUGUGUCUGCUUCCACUGUGAAUGGAUCAGGCCCUGAGAGCGAGUCCCUCAUCUGUCGGACAGACGAAGACGUUCCUGGGGCUCCUCCAAGGCGUGUGGAGGUGGAGGUGCUGAACUCCACAGCACUUAAAGUAAUGUGGCGCUCCCUGACUCCAGGCAAACAGCACGGUCAGAUCCGUGGUUACCAGGUUCACUAUGUACGUGUGGAAAAUGGCGAGUCACGGGGACAGCCCCUCAUCAAGGAUGUCAUGCUGGCUGAUGCACAGUGGGAAACGGACGAUACAGCCGAAUAUGAAAUGGUCAUUGGAGGACUUAAGCCAGACACCACUUACUCCAUCACGGUGGCAGCAUACACCACCAAGGGGGAUGGAGCUCGGAGCAAACCCAAACUGGUGGUGACCAAAGGGGCAGUGCCUGGUCCUCCCUACCUGUCAGUGGCUCAGGACUCAGACACAUCAGCCAUGGUUCGCUGGGAUCCUCCAGACCUGACCGAUGGUAUGGACCUACAAGGUUACCGCCUCCAGUUUGGCCGAAAAGAUGUCUCUCCUUUGGCCACACUGGAAUUUGCUCCCCAGGAACGCCAAUACCUUGUGGGCAACAUUCACAGAGGGGCCACAUAUCUGUUUAAGAUCUCAGCCAAAAGCAGAGGGGGCUUCGGGGAAGAGGCUGUGAUGGACCUCACUCUGCCCGAAAAUACGCCAGAGGGAUACCCUCAGAUUAAUGAGGGCUCCAAUGUGACAUGCUGCUCAGUGCAGCUGUCGUGGUCUCCACCAGUGCCUGCAGAGAGGAACGGAGUAAUCACAGAGUACACUUUGGCAUAUAAAGAAGCCGGAACCGGAGAAGCGCCACAGGAGCUCCGCUUGCCCCCCAGCCUGUCCAGCUAUGUGCUCAACAGCCUCAAACCGAACUCAGCAUAUGAUGUCAAAAUACGUGCACACACCAGUAUAGGUCCAGGGCCCUACAGCCCGCCUAUCCAGUAUCGGACGGUGGCCUUUGAUCCUGCAGAUGUUCCAAAGAAUUUCACUGUCAAGUGGGCCACCAAGUCAACAGUGGUCAUAGCGUGGAAGUUUUCUGAAAGCAGGUCGCCAUACAAAUGCACGAUUGAGUAUAACCGACACAAGAUGGAUGUAGAUGCCGGGCAGAUGAGGGUGUUCGUCACUGAGCUAAAGCACAACACCACCUAUGAGUUCAAGGUGACAUGCCAAGAGAGUGUGGAUGGAGGUCCAAGACACCGUGUUGUGGCCAGGACAGCGCCGCUCAUUUUGGUUAAGAAGCCCAAGUUGGACACCUAUGCUGACCCGGAUAACAUGCUCAUCAUGUCCUUCCCGCCAUUUGAUAACAAGGCUGUCAAGAGCUACUAUGUGGUGGUGGUGCCACUUAAGGGGACCUCUGGAACAGUAAUGAACCUGAAGAACCCUGAUGAGAUGGAUAUGGAAGAGCUAUUACGAGAGGUGAACCCAAAGCGCCGGACACGGCGCCAACUGUCUCAGCUGGAUCAGAGGAAGCCCUACAUCACAGCCUGUUUCAAACAGCUUCCCUCCAGCUUCACUGUAGGAUCUGACCACCGCCACAGCACCUGUGAGAACAAGCCUCUUGAACCUGGCCAGGGAUAUGUCUUCUUCCUUCUGGCUGAACUCAAUGCGACUGCCGGGAAAAUGUUUGCAACCAGCCCCUAUACUAACUCAGUGAUAACGCCUGAGCUUGUGGAAACGUUGCCAUUAGAGACUGGUGAUGGACUCAUCUGGGUGGUGGGCCCUGUCCUGGCUGUGGUCUUCAUCAUCUGCAUUGUCAUCGCCAUCCUUCUGUACAAAAACAAACCUGACAGUCGUAAAAGAAAAGAGUCUGAGCCACGUACAAAAUGUCUGCUGAACAAUGCGGAUAUUACGCCCCACCAUCCGACAGACCCCGUGGAAAUGAGACGCAUCAACUUCCAAACUCCAGGUAUGAUGAAUCACCCUCCUAUCCCAAUCUCAGAGCUGGCUGAACACACAGAACUUCUCAAGGCCAACGACAACCUCAAACUCUCCCAGGAAUAUGAGUCUAUUGAUCCAGGCCAGCAGUUCACCUGGGAACACUCCAACCUGGAGGUGAACAAGCCCAAAAAUCGUUACGCCAACGUCAUUGCCUACGAUCACUCCCGAGUCAUCCUGGCCCCCAUUGAAGGUAUAACAGGCAGUGACUAUAUCAACGCCAAUUACAUCGAUGGCUACAGGAAGCAGAACGCCUACAUUGCCACCCAGGGUCCUUUACCGGAGACGUUUGGAGACUUCUGGAGAAUGGUGUGGGAACAGAGAGCAGCCACUGUUGUCAUGAUGACAAGGUUGGAAGAGAAGUCACGGAUAAAAUGUGACCAGUACUGGCCCAGCCGUGGCACAGAAACAUACGGUAUGACUCAAGUGACCCUGCUGGACACCAUAGAAUUGGCCACUUUCUGUGUUCGCACUUUCUCCUUACACAAGAAUGGCUCAAGUGAGAAGCGGGAGGUUCGUCAGUUCCAGUUCACUGCUUGGCCUGACCACGGAGUACCAGAGUACCCGACCCCUUUCCUGGCCUUCCUUCGUAGGGUGAAGACUUGCAACCCACCUGAUGCUGGCCCCAUUAUUGCUCACUGCAGUGCGGGUGUUGGUCGGACAGGCUGCUUCAUUGUCAUCGAUGCCAUGCUUGAGCGUAUCAAGCACGAGAAGACAGUUGAUAUUUACGGUCAUGUGACGCUGAUGCGCUCACAGAGGAACUACAUGGUGCAGACGGAGGACCAGUACAGCUUCAUUCAUGAUGCUCUGCUGGAGGCGGUCGCCUGCGGAAACACUGAGGUGGCAGCCCGGAGCCUGUAUUCCUACAUCCAGAAGCUGGCCCAGGUUGAAAGUGGCGAGCAUGUCACUGGGAUGGAGCUUGAGUUUAAGCGCUUGGCCAACUCCAAAGCUCAUACAUCACGUUUCAUCAGUGCCAACCUUCCCUGCAACAAGUUCAAGAACCGACUGGUCAACAUCAUGCCGUACGAGACCACACGUGUCUGCUUGCAGCCAAUUAGAGGCCUGGAAGGGUCUGAUUACAUCAAUGCCAGCUUCAUUGAUGGGUACAGGCAACAGAAGGCCUACAUUGCCACACAAGGACCUCUGGCAGAGACAACAGAAGACUUCUGGAGAAUGCUCUGGGAGAACAACUCAACUAUUGUUGUCAUGUUGACCAAACUUAGAGAAAUGGGCCGGGAAAAGUGUCACCAGUACUGGCCAGCAGAGCGUUCUGCCAGAUAUCAAUACUUUGUGGUGGAUCCCAUGGCAGAGUACAACAUGCCCCAGUACAUCCUGCGAGAGUUCAAGGUCACAGAUGCCAGGGAUGGCCAGUCCAGAACUGUAAGGCAGUUCCAGUUUACUGACUGGCCUGAGCAAGGCGUGCCCAAAUCAGGGGAAGGAUUUAUCGACUUCAUAGGCCAGGUGCAUAAAACAAAGGAGCAGUUUGGACAGGAUGGACCAAUCUCUGUUCAUUGCAGUGCUGGUGUGGGCCGGACUGGAGUCUUCAUCACCCUCAGCAUCGUCCUGGAGAGAAUGCGCUAUGAAGGCGUGGUUGAUAUCUUCCAGACAGUGAAGAUGCUGCGGACACAGAGGCCAGCCAUGGUGCAAACUGAAGAUGAGUACCAAUUCUGCUACCACGCUGCUCUGGAGUACUUAGGAAGCUUUGAUCACUAUGCAACGUAAAAAGCCAUCCCUUCACCCCUAAAAUCCUGUUGCCCCCCUUCCCCCCGACCUCAACAGUCUCCUGAGCCAUAGAAACUUUAUAAUUGGAAAUGAUGACAGCAGCUGAUCACAUCAACACUGCUAAUUCAGACACAACAGGAUCCUAUAGAUUUUUAGUAGAUAACACCCAAAGCAACCAGUUAAGGAUAAUUCCAAUUCGACUUUCGAGAUGAAUCACAAAGAAGAAAAUUGCCCAUCAUUUACAGAAAAGAAAAUCCUCAGCAGGGGAGGAACCAGAAGCUGCGGCUCAAGCUGUGGGGCGGAUAUCGAUCAAAUUGUCAGACUGCUUACCUUACCUCAAGUGUUUCGAUGUGGAGGAUAUUGUAAACAUUCGUGGACAUUUUUCUCUUCUCAAAAAUAUCUUUGUGACACAACAGUAACAAGACACAGAUAAUGAAAGAAAAGGAAAGCAGAGAUAAAUGAAAAGCAGGCGGAUGUAGCCAAGACUGGGUGACUUUUAUGUAUUUGUAAAGACUGGGUGUAAAA